AAAUAUAUCAAAAUCCUGGCACUAUCUGGCUGCCAGAUCAAAGCCCCAAAACCUCUUUUCCAAUGGCGAAACCCCAGGGUUCAGUAUUGGAACCGCUGUACUCGUCAGCGAUUAUCCUGUUGGUUAUAGUGACGGCGUGCGUCGAGCUCUGCGACGCCGUCACCGUCGUUGACGUCUACCGUCUCGUGCAGUACGAUCUCGCCGGAGUGCCGUUUGGAUCCCGCCUCGCUGCUCUUAACCACCACGCCGGCUCCUCCCUUUUCUCCGCCUCUGCUACCGCCGGCGCGGCUGCUGAUCUCUCCCGCACUGUCCUCAUCCUGCCUGUCCGCGAAUUGAAUCUUACAUUCAUUAAAGAAUAUAUUGGACAAACGAAGCCGUUAGGUGGAUUAUUGCUUCUACUUCCCCCAAUUUUCAAUCCCCUAAACACAGACAGUAGGGGUGAAUCUUACUCUGCAAAAGACAACAUCAAGGAAGUGUUAACCGAAUUAGAUCAGUUGCUUAUACAUGCAAACAUUCCUUAUCCUGUGUACUUUGGGUUUGAGGAUGACCAUGUUAAUACUGUGCUAGCUGAUGUCAAGAAAAAUGAUGCUGCUGGUCAGCCUGCGACUGCGACAACUGGCGGAUACAAGCUGGUCGUUGUUGCACGAGAACCCAAGAAAAUUGCUUCUCCCACUAUUUCAAAUAUUCAGGGUUGGCUGCCAGGAUUGAAAGCUGAUGGAGAUUCAAAUCAACUUCCUACCAUAGCUGUAGUGGCAUCAUAUGACACGUUUGGGGCUGCACCAGCAUUGUCUGUGGGAAGUGAUAGCAGUGGAAGUGGUGUUGUGGCACUUCUAGAAAUAGCUAGAUUGUUUUCAAUUUUAUAUUCAAAUCCAAAGACAAGAGGAAGCUAUAAUUUACUCUUUGCGCUGACAUCUGGAGGACCUUAUAACUACAAUGGGACAAAUAAGUGGCUCCGUAGUUUAGACCAACGUGUGCGUGAGACUAUUGAUUAUUCUAUUUGCUUAAAUAGCAUUGGCUCAAUCAGCAAUGAGUUAUGGAUUCAUGUGUCCAAGCCUCCGGACAAUGUCUACAUAAAGCAAAUUUUUGAGGGUUUCUCUAGCGUGUCCGAAGAAAUGGGUAUCAAAGUUGGAUUGAAGCACAAGAAAAUUAACAUUUCUAAUCCUCGAGUGGCAUGGGAGCACGAACAAUUUUCAAGGCAGAGAGUCACAGCAGCAACACUAUCAGAGCUUUCAGUUGCUCCAGAUUUUCUAGAAAGUACUGGAGGUCUGUCAGAUAGCAGACAUUUUGUUAAUGAAGCUUCAAUAAGUCGAAGUGUCAAGUUAGUAGCUGAAAGUCUUGCAAGGCAUAUUUAUGGCCAGGAGGGAAAAAGCAUUGACAUAUUUGCAGAUGAUAGUAGUUUAUCAAUAAAUCCUUCUUAUAUACGUUCAUGGUUGCAAUUUUUGUCAGCAACACCUCGAGUGGCUCCAUUUCUUUCCAAGAAUGAUCCUCUUAUCACGGCGCUGAAAAAGGUAUGUUUUGCAUGACUUGAUUUUGUGUUGCUUCUUAUCCUCAAAUAGAUUCUCUUUUGUGUUGUGAUUCAAGAGUAUUUGUGAAGUCCAGCCACGAAUUCACCUAAAAAGAU